GAAAGCCGGGUAAAAACCAAAGGCGAAAAAAACGACAUGGUUCAUAAUGUGUGCUUCUAAUAACGAGGGCAUCGCUACUAGGAACAAGUGCAUCGCUUCUAGUAACAAGUGCCUUACUCCUAGUAACAAAAAGAAAACUAAAAUUUUACACGGCCAAACGGAAGAACCAAAGCAGACCUUUUUAGAACGGGCAGGGUCUGCCUCGCUGGCACAUCAGACGGAGGAGGUGGACGGGAGCCACGUGCACAAGAAGGGCUAGAGAUGCUGCAAAAGACCUGUUGAAGUCCCUCUACUCUACUCCCCAAAACAAUGAGCAAGUAGCCGUACUACUGGGGCGCAAGUCCCUCUCAAAACGAGGAGAACACAAGAAGCUCAGUCGAACGAGUCCUGUAGGUUCGCUUCGCGCUUCGCCCGAAGAUCUCGACCUGGCUUGGCACGGUCAGAUAUUGAGGCCUAACUGAACGUCGCAAGCGGUAAGGGAUCUGUUACCUGGGGGGGUCGAGGAAGGCGCCUUGUGCCUUGCUCAAUGUGCUGCUUGCUAGCAGGGAUGAAGACGGCUUUCGUUCCAGCAUCCAUGUUUUGAAGUCUCCUCCCUUGGAUUUGAUACGGAUUAUUGAACAACAUGCCAGGACAGCUUUGUCACCAAAAGCAGAUUCCUUUGCUUUUGGGGAGAAAGCUGUCCCGGGCGUGACUGGUGUCUCUUUGCAGAGUUUGCCACUAGACCUUUAAAAAUGCAUGAUUGAAGGGCGCGACUGUGACUUUGGGCACAAUGACUUGAAGACCAACCAGUUGGGUCAUGUCUCAAGGAAGAAGGUGAGCCAGACGAAAAGUCUGUACGCAGCUUUGAGACACGUGUUCAAUCAUGUUGCUUGAACCCAGCCGGAUCGAAAAGACUGAAUCCUCAGCACACCUGGAAGGCUCAAACACAUAAUCUAGGUUGUGCAUUUGCUGCAUUUUCCACAUGCUGCCUGUGUAUAUGGGGGACCAUGGUCCACCGUACCAACAUAUGAUGCAACUAGUGGCACCUGCCAUGAAUGAUGCCUCACCCGUCAACCAAACUUUGACAGCUGUGACAGCUGUCUCCACACAAGCUAAGGAGGAAGAAGUUGAGCCUGACGACGAGUCGGUUGCCGAGGACAAGAAAAUGGAAUAUGUCUAUUGCGGCAUCGACUGGAAGCCGUGUCUUCCAACGGUGGCGGGAGCAAUCUGUGUGUUUCUCAUUCUACACGACCUUGGGUGUCUUGUUUUUCAUCACUCUGGGCUGCGUGAUGUACUGUAUCCAUGCCGAACGUCAGUUGCAGACGCGCAAUGGCCACGACAUCGAAAUUCAUCGAAGAGGGCUUGCCGCAACGUGCCUACAAGUCGUUUCUGUAUUACCGUCCAAUUCGCCGCUAUGACCAUUACUGCAAAUGGGUGAACAACGUCAUCGGCCUGCUGAACCACCGGGAGUUCAUCCUGAUGGUUGGUGGUGUGAUCGCCACAGCGCUGCUCGGCGUUCUCAUGGAUCUUUGGGUUGCCAUUUUGGCCGAGGAGGGAUCAGUGGGCGCCGAAGUAGCCGUUGCGU